CCUCCCCUUGUAAGAGAACCGGGCUGUCUGCGCCCCAGGCUACCAGAGCUGCGACAGGGCGAGAUAGAAGUGUUGAAAACUGUCAGCUGAGACUGUCAGAGAGAAAGGUCCGCUAUACAGACAGAGAUAGAAGUGGAAAUGGAUUGGAAGAACUGAGAGAAGUAGUGGAGCCUGUGCCCGUGCCCGGGACUGGCAGAGACCCAGAGAAUGUUGUCCGGGUUCACAUAGAGACAAGUGCUAGAAGGGCUAGUGGCCACAGGGCAGAGCAGUUGAAGGAGCUCGAGUCUAGUGGGUAAAUCGGGGGCAGCCUUGGACGAGAACAGACGGUGAGAAAGUUUGGGACUUGGCACCGGGUAGAAGUGAGUUUAGGAGGCUUGGCAUCUGGUGCGAGGCAGGGUAUCAAGAAGCAGAGGCAGUUUGUGUAUAGGAGAAGUCGGGUAAUAGAGAGGGACAGUCGGGUAAUAGAGUGGGGAGCAGCUGGACUUUGGUAGCGGGCACUGGGCAGAAAACACAAAGGGAAGAGCUGGCACAGGGGGUGCCCAGGGACUCAGGGUUCUGGAACAAAAGAUAGGGGGCACGUUGGCACAGAUUUUAGUCGUGAUCAGUUCCACCCCAGCCUCAGUCCAUGUGCCCAUGAAUUUUGGGGAGGGCGCAGCUCAGGGCGCUGUACAGGGGAUGGCAGAGUCGCUCCCGGCUGAUUCCUACAUGUCCCUGGCGCACAGUUACGGGCAGACUUUCUAUGGCGCUCUCCGAGGUGCUGAACCUGCGCGCAGAUACUCGGGUCCUCAAGCCAUAGAUUUCCCCGGCAGCUCCCAGGACAAGAGCGGGGACAGCAGCGAGGACCAAAGCGGGGAGGAGGAAGAAGAGGAGGAGAGGGGCCCGGAGGGAAAAGUCCCAGGCAAGAAGCCAAAAGAACCGCGUUCCCUCCGGCUGAAUAUCAAUGCCAGGGAACGGAGGAGGAUGCACGAUCUGAAUGAUGCCCUGGACGGGCUCAGGUCUGUUAUACCCUAUGCCCACAGCCCCUCAGUCAGGAAACUCUCCAAAAUCGCCACCCUUCUACUGGCCAAGAACUACAUACUCAUGCAAGCCCAGGCCCUGGAGGAGAUGAGGCGGCUGGUAGCCUAUCUGAACCAGGGCCAGACCCUCAGCAGCUCCCUGGCUCCCUUCGGACAGUCCUCUGUAUAUCCCUACCCUGGCACUGCCAGCGCCCAGGAAAAGUGCUCAACCUUCCCUGGGGGCAACACCAACCUCUGCAAACACUGCACAGAGAAGUCCUAAUGUGGCCUGAGCAACCCCCUGAUCUCUGGGACCCCCAGAAACUGUGAGACUCCACUCCAAAUAUUGGGCCUUCAAACUCUCUCACCCUCCAGGUUGUGGGGCUCCCAAACUGUGACACUCAUCUCUGUGGGACUCCCAAACUGUGACACUCAUCAUCUCAACUAAUGUAUAUGGCAAUUGUCGCAUUAAACCCCCACCAACUAAUCUGGGACUACUUUCAGGACCCUCAUGGCAGCUUCAUAUCAAACCUUAAUUUGUUAUUGGGGGGUCCUGCUGCUUCUGGACCCAUUGGGUACAGCACAGGACAAGCUGGAGCCAAUCAGCAGCAACACAUUUUCUCCUGGUUUCAUUAAUCCUGAAACUGAGAUCGUCUCACUCACUCAUUACUACCUGCAGCAAAUAAG